CCCAGCAAUCCCACGUUCCCUCACCAUUUUCAGAGCUGUUCUCAUCUGGGUUUUCUUCCUUGAGAUUGUUUUGUUAGAAAAAGAGAGAGAGAGAGAGGGAGAGAGAUGGAAGGAAAGGAGGAAGAUGUGAAGCUGGGAGCAAACAAGUUCUCAGAGAGACAGCCCAUAGGGACAUCAGCACAGAGCCAAGACAAAGACUACAAGGAACCACCACCAGCACCCUUGUUUGAGCCUGGUGAGCUCAAAUCAUGGUCAUUUUGGAGGGCUGGGAUUGCAGAAUUCAUUGCUACCUUCCUAUUCCUCUACAUCACCAUCCUCACUGUUAUGGGUGUCAAAAGGGCACCUAACAUGUGUGCCAGUGUGGGAAUUCAGGGUAUUGCAUGGGCCUUUGGUGGCAUGAUCUUUGCCUUGGUCUACUGUACGGCUGGGAUUUCAGGUGGACACAUAAACCCAGCUGUGACCUUUGGGCUACUGCUGGCCAGGAAGCUGUCCCUGACAAGGGCUAUUUUGUACAUGGUGAUGCAGUGCUUGGGAGCAAUCUGUGGGGCUGGUGUGGUUAAAGGGUUCGAAAAGAACCGUUACCAGUUGUUGGGUGGGGGAGCCAAUGUUGUGAACCAUGGCUACACCAAGGGAGAUGGUUUGGGUGCAGAGGUUAUAGGCACCUUUGUGCUUGUUUACACUGUCUUCUCUGCUACUGAUGCCAAGAGAAAUGCCAGAGAUUCUCAUGUGCCUAUCCUUGCACCGCUUCCAAUUGGGUUUGCAGUGUUCCUGGUGCACUUGGCCACCAUUCCCAUCACUGGAACUGGCAUCAACCCAGCCAGGAGCCUUGGAGCUGCCAUCAUCUUCAACAAGGGCCAUGCUUGGGAUGAUCAUUGGAUAUUCUGGGUGGGCCCUUUCAUUGGAGCAGCACUUGCAGCAGUGUACCAUCAGAUUGUAAUAAGGGCAAUCCCAUUCAAAGCCAGGGGCUAGAUUCUCUAUCGUCAUCGUGUCACUCUCUUCUUGGGUUUUCUUUCUUUUGAAUUUUUCUUGUGUAUUUUCUUUCUUUUUGGAUGGAUGAUGCGUGGUGUUGAUGAAGAAUGAUGAUUUGGUGUGUAAAUUAAGAAGGUUGUGCUGUCUAGUUUGUUGCCAGCUUGGAAAAAAGAAGAUUCAUUUCUCUGUUUAAACU